GAAAGAGGCUAUAAUGUAUAAUGACUUAAAACUAGUGAUAGAAUACUAGUUAUAUUUUCGAGCACUUAACAGGAAAAUAAUAUCUUAAGACUUUUAAUGGGUUACGUAUUGUUUUCAAUAUUUGUUCUAGUCGAGUAUUCACAUAAAGAAACAUGCGAACAGAUCUUCGGCCAUUAAUAUUUUAUAGAAAAGGACAAUUAUUAAAAUACUCAGUAUAAGAAGAUCUUCAACAUUGAUCUGCACAACGUUUUACUUCUUUUUUAAUCCAAUAAAAACUAAGAAAUGCAACCAUUGAACUCGAACAUUGAUAAAGCAAAACAUUUUUUCGUAGAGAGCGGGAUCUUGGGACCCGUUAACUUUAAAUAUUCGCAUGACAUAAUUCGGAAGACGUCUACCAUUCACAUUGACGAAACUCUUAAGAAUCAGAUACGAAAAACAUCAUUGGGUAUGCGAUCGAGGGUAUUUAGCGAAAAUAAUUCAUUAAACAGUUUCGACGAUACACUUAUAAAUCUUCAAAACGAAAUCUAUAACAUAAGAGAUUCAUUAGUCAAUGGCGAGACUAAAAUCAUACUUCUCCGCACUGAAAUUGGCAAAUUAAAGGAGUCACUACAAGCAAUUAUGAAUGUACAGAUGAAGACUCUUGAUUCCUCUGAUGAGUUGAUCACGAAAAUUAAAGCUUCCACACCGAAUCUUUGUUUAUUUUGCACACCUAAUAGAUAUAAAAAGAUCGCCGAGUUUCAGUCCUUUUAACAAAAUCCUUUUUAACAAAAAUUAAUAUUAAGAACAAAUUUUGUUAAAAAUACAUAUUUGUAUUAAAUAGGUAUUAUAAUUAGGUAUAACACUGAUACUUAAUAAUCAAAAAACAUACACAUUUCAAUUAAACUUUUAUAUUUGGUUUGCCUUGUUUUUAAGAACAAUUGCUGCCAACGCUUUAUUAUUAAAUGUAAUGUUACACUUUUAGAGUAUAAUUUUAUCUGUUACUUUUAAAAUUAUAGCGAGUAUAUACAAUAAAUAAAUAACGUUUUUAUAACAUA